AUGAGUAAUUAUAACAUCAUCAACACCCGCCUCCCCGCCUUCCCGCACCCUCACCGCCCCAACUACCCCACCAAAGACCUUCUCAACGACAUCGUCACCCCCUCCACUACCGACUUCCUCGUAACCCAACCUUGCACCACGAUCCACUCCUGCCGCCUGCGCACGCUCGAAAAGACGUGGCGCCAGGCCACCAUCGCUAUGCGCGAGAUCUCGCGCAAUCACCGCGGGAUCUUCGAGCCUGGCUACAACCCUAGUUCCUUCGGCAUCCGCCAGAAUCUCCUGAUGCUUGGAAACCUCAUGCUGAGCAGCAAGCAUUUCCUGCGGCAGGUCGAGAGCGACAUGGCGUCUAUCCAGGCGGAGUCGCCCGGGUGCUAUGGCUUCCACGGGAUGAUAACUGAACGGCGCAGCAUUAGCCUACUAGAGAUCGAUGUGCUAUACCAUAUGUAUCUGUGCAUGAAGAAGGCGUGGUACAAGUUGCUGCAAAUAUUGGAGAGAUAUUUUCACGCAAACAUGAUUCAGGAUCUGCUUGGAGGGGAGGAGAGGAGGAGGGAGGGGAAUUGGGAGAGUGAUGAGGCUUAUCAGACGUGGAUGUAUGAUACCUUAUCCCGCUACCGUGUAGGAAUUGUGGUGGGAAGGUAA